AUGCAGACAUUGGGUUGCGAGGUGUCUGCGAUAAAUACCGUGAACUACAGCAAUCAUGUCGGCUACAAACGAUUCAAAGGUCGCAAGACACCACCCGAAGAAGUCGCGGAACUCUGGCAAGGUCUCAAGGAGGCGAAGCUGGACACUUUCGAAAUGCUGCUUUCCGGCUAUAGCCCGUCUGCCGGCCUCGUCGAGCAGAUAGGCCGCAUUGCCCGGGAGCUCAAAGAUCGCUCACAUACCAAGCCAGGAUCCUUCUUCUGGGCUAUGGAUCCGGUGAUGGGCGACAACGGGCGUAUCUACGUGGCGGAGGAUGAGUUGCCGGUAUACAAGAGCUUGCUCAAGGAUGCCGAUCUCAUCUUGCCCAACCAGUACGAGGCGGAGUGGCUGAGCGAUGUCAAGAUCCACGACUUGCCGUCGCUGGAGGAGGCUAUCACGAAGCUGCAUGAGACGUAUCGAGUGCCCCACGUGCUCAUCACGAGCAUACGACUACCACCGUCGACCUCGAGCACGCCUACGACGACUGAUGAGGACCUCGCCUCGCAGGCAAUGAUGACGGUUAUCGGCUCUUCUGCAACCAGCGAGCGGAAGCCGCGCAUGUUUCGAAUCAGUAUACCGGCGCUACCUAUAAUGUUCUCCGGAACAGGAGAUAUGUUCGCCGCACUUAUAGUGUCACGGUUCCGACAAGCCGCCCAACAAGCUGGUGUGCUCAACAAGGCAAGCUGGCGAACUCCGGACGACGUCGCUGGCCCGGACCUACCUCUUGCCAAAGCGGCGGAGAAGGUGCUGGCGAGCAUGCAAGCGGUGCUGAAGGAUACGGCAGCGCAUUAUGAAGCUGCGUCAGAGAGGCUGAAG